AUGGAGAAUUAUCAAAAAAUCGAGAAAGUAGGUGAAGGUACCUAUGGUAUCGUCUACAAGGCACGAGAACUUUCAACGGGUCGCAUUGUAGCUCUCAAGAAGAUUCGCUUGGAACCAGAUGAAGAAGGAAUUCCAUCCACUGCAAUGCGUGAGAUCUCAUUAUUGAAAGAACUAUCAUCCCACCCGAAUGUCGUAUAUCUUUAUGAUGCAGUGUACCAGAAAAACAAGCUCUAUUUGGUCUUUGAAUUUGUCGAGCAGGACCUUAAACGCUGUCUUGAGAAACUUCCUGCUAGGAUGGAGGUCUUCCAGGUCAAGAGUUAUCUGUAUCAGCUGUUGGCUGGUAUUGCCUUUUGCCACGCAAACCGGGUACUACAUCGCGACCUCAAGCCACAGAAUUUACUCAUUGAUCAGUAUGGAAACCUCAAAUUGGGAGACUUUGGACUUGCACGAGAAUAUGGCGUCCCAUUGAGGCGUUAUACACAUGAGGUGGUGACAUUGUGGUAUCGAGCACCGGAAGUACUGCUUGGUGCAAAACAUUAUUCUACACCUGUUGACUCGUGGUCGAUCGGUUGCAUUUUUGCAGAGAUGGUCAAUAAGCAGCCACUAUUCCCUGGAGAUUCAGAGAUUGACGAACUGUUUCGCAUCUUUCGUGUCCUGGGUACGCCGAACGAGACAUUGUGGCCAGGUGUAUCGACAUUGCCGGACUACAAGUGGUCGUUCCCCCAGUGGCGCCCUCAGUCAUUAUCCAAGGUUGUGCCUCAGUUAGACCGUGUCGGUUUGGAUCUGCUCUCGCGUCUCCUCACGUAUGAUCCCAGUGGCCGCAUUUCGGCCCGUGCUGCAAUGUCACAUCCGUGGUUUGCCGAUUUGCACCCUCAGUACGCCUCAUUUCGUAACAAUGGUAAUGGUAAUGGCACGCAGACGUUUUUCUAA